AUGUCUGCAAAGAGCCGCAAUUUGGAAUUAGGCAACGUCCUCGUGGUCGGCGGCUGCGGCUUCCUGGGGUGGCACAUCGUCGAUCACCUCCUGAACUUCCCCUCCGAAACAGACCCUAGUGUCGCACUGCCUAAGGUCACUGGUGACGCGCGCUUCGAGGUGCCAACACUCGGCUCCCGAUUCCCGAACUACAAGGCCAAUGUUUCGGUCGUUGAUCUGCGCACCACACACAAUCGCCUCCCCGGCGCGACCUACUACGAUGGCGACAUCACCUCCGUUGAGUCCAUGCUGGAGGUUUUCCGCGCCGCGAAGCCGGACGUUGUGAUCCACACUGCAACCCCGUCAGUUCUCGAUGGAAACAAGCCCCUGCUGUACAAGGUCAAUGUGGAGGGAACCAAGACUCUGGUUGAGGUUGCUGGUGGUGAGCACGGAGAUUGGGGUGGCAAGUGUAAGGCUUUCGUGUACACCAGCUCUAGCUCCGUGGUGCACGAUACCCAGAGCGACUUGAUCAAUGUCAACGAGGAGUGGCCUCUGAUCCGCGGCCCACGCCAAAAAGAGUACUACUCCGAGACCAAGGCCGAUGCCGAAGAACUCGUCCUCAAGUAUAACCGCAAAUCUCCCACCGGAAUGGUCACUGCUGCGAUCCGCCCCGCUGGUAUCCUGGGCGAGAAGGACACAACAGUCACCCACAAGAUCCUCGAGCACGGUGCUAAGGCCUCCUCUACCGUGCUGAAGAUGCAGCUCGGCGACAAUGAUAAUCUGUUCGACUUUACCUACGUCGGCAACAUCGCCUAUGCACACAUGCUAGCUGCGCACCGCCUGUUGGCUUCCUAUACCCGCUACGAGUCCGGUCAGGGCGGGCCCCUGGACCAUGAGCGUGUUGAUGGCGAGGCGUUCAACAUUACCAAUGACUCGCCUAUUUACUUCUGGGAUGCGACACGCGCUAUGUGGGCACUUAUCGACCGGAUCGUCGAGCCUAAUGAGGUUUGGGCUUUGCCCGAGGGUCUCUUGGGUACGAUUGGUGGUAUUGCGGAGACUGUUAUGGGAUUGUUUGGAAAAACUCCCCGGUUGACGCAGCGCAUGGUGCGAUACUCAUGUAUGACACGGUACUACUCUAUUGAGAAGGCCAAGUACCGUCUUGCUUAUCUGCCUGUCAUCCCUGUUGAUGAGGGUAUCACCCGUGCUGUGGGGUAUGUGAUUCAGAAACAGCGCGAUGAGGAGGGAAAGAAGGCUCUGUAA